GGAACGUGUUAAAAGGCUUAUAUGCCGUAAACAAAUGUUUUUUUUAAAUUGUAACGGAUUCGCGGUAACUGAAAUAUUUGUAGAAAAUAUUAUUUGAAUAUAUUGCAAUCCGAAGGUGUGUGAGAAAACGAGAGAUGUGAAAAAUUGCUAAUGCAUUAUCAAGUUUCCAUCAAUCACCAUGGCUUCAGAAGCUUCGAUAGUAGAGCGUCUCCAAGAAUUGAGGCGUUGGCAAGUUGAGCAGCAGGAAAGAUUACUGCAGCAGCAGCAAGAGCAGCGUGAAACUUUAAGCCGUCAACAAGUCCGUAUGUAUCAAGCCCUGGGUUUGACCAUCCAAAAUGCCAGCCCUGAUAAAAAUAACACUGACUCUAAAUUCCAAGAUUCUCUGGAAGAUAGCAUUAGUGAUGUCAUAGAAAAAAAAAAGCAGAAUCGUUCAGACUUAGCUAUAGUAGACAUUGACCGCAUAUGUCACAUGUCUCCUCAAAAAAGACAUGAAUUGCUGCAUGCUUUUAGCCAUAGUUCAAAUAAAGUACAAGGUACUCAUAGUCAUGAAGACCAAUCACAGCAUGGUAGUCCAAAACAUUCUCACCAUCUCAUUGUACCUGAAGAAAGUUCUCCAGCGGCUAGUGGAAUCGCCCAAUCAAUAAUGAUGUGUAAAAAUGAUAAUUCAUCUGCUAAUACAAUAGAUUCCAAUAAACUGGAUACUGUUGCUACUAACUCAGAUCAUCUUAGAAUAAAUGAUAUCAAUGGGAUAUCACAUCCGUCACCUAGAAUUAGUCCAGAGUUAUUAAUAGAUGGCGUAAAACCUUUGCCAUUGGACAGGCCUACCCAUAAAUCAUUGAUAAUUGAUGAUAUUCCUGUACCAUCUCCAAAAAAAGAUUUUCACACUCUACUUGAAGAAAGAUUAAAGGAGUCCCAAUCGGUAUCUGAAAAUUAUAAAGAGGCCAAUGGAACUAAAAAACCUGUAAAAAAACCGUUUUUGAAAAAAGGUCAGGGACUGGCUAGAUUCAGAUCAAGUAAUGCAUGCGAAAAUUCAACAAAAAAAAUAAGACCACGUACUAUGUCUUUGCCCACUACUGUCAGAAUGGAGCAUGGUAAAAAUUCGAGAAUUAGCUGCAACGACAGAUCGAAUGAAAAUAGUCAUGCUGCAAAAAAAGCUGUAACUAAAAUGGAUAAGUCACAGAAGAAACAUCUCAAUAUUCCAAGUAGAGCUCAGAGUCGAUUGAACUUGAAAAAUGUUCAACCACCUGUCAGAGUUCGUAGCAAAUCCAUGUGUAAUCCUCGAGAGCCGUUAUCAGCAACUGACGAUAAAUUCAUUCAGAAUGAUAGGUUCAAUGUCUCGGAUAUCGAGUCAAAAACAAAAAGAGAAUUGGAAGAAGUACGGAUCUUUGAAUUACUAGAGGAAAAGGCGGAAAAUUCAAGUUUCUGCUCUACUUCGAGCACUGUAAUUGCUUUGCUGCAGCAAUCUGUUCAGUCAACACCGCUAAAAGUUAAGGCUCAUAACAAAAAUCAAGUCUCUUCAUUAGCACAAACCUGGACAAAUGAGAGAGGUGAUACAAAUGAAGAUUUGCUGCUGGCUGAGAUAGUCUAUACUACACAGAGCAACAGUACUGGUCGCAAUUCAUCCAAUACCUAUAAAACGCAAUAUCAGAAUCAAUUUCAAAGUUUGCAGGAGUGUGACGAUCCAGAGCCAAAUGAUGACGAAUCACAUCAAUUUGAUAAUAACGACAAUAUGUGUGAGCUACCAUAUGGUACAGACGUUGAUUCUAGCUAUAACAUGAUCUGUUCAAAAACGAAUGAGGCUAAUUUGCCAACUGACAAGAGCUUAAAUAAUCAAGAAAAUUAUGAUACAAAUACUAGUCUACAUGUUAGGUUUGCUGAAUAUAAUGAGUACAAAACAAUCAGCCUAACUGACACAUCCACAAUAUCUACUGAAUCGGAACCACCAAAAACUUAUUCUGAUCAAAGAGCAUGGAGUGACUACUCUGCUACAACUGAUUCUUCAGAUGAUGAGGAAUUCCACUCAAUGAUUGCCUCAAAUCAAGCCAGAAGUUUCAAGAAUCAGAGAUCUGCCGAAACAAAACUCGAAGUUAUUCGAGCAAAGCAACUCAAUGAGAAACAUUCUGAAGAAGCUUCUUGUGACAAUCUCUCCAAACAGGACCGAAUAGAAGGCCAGCCAAAAGAUCAGUACUGUAAUGAGAAUCAGUCAGAUUUCGAAAUGGAGCCUGAAGAAAGCCAUUACAAUUACGAAGAAAACACAGCAGAUGAUGUGUUUGAUUCUCCCCUUGAACCACGUGACAUUAAUGAAACUAGUGUACCUCAUAAUGAAGAUUCAGCAUCAGCUGAUUUGACUUUGGUUGAGGAGGAAUCGGAUUCUGGGAAAACAGACGAAGAAAAUGGUUUAAUCUUUAAAUCAGAACUUUUGAAGACUCGCCUAUUGGAACUGGAACGUGAGAUUGAAAUAUUUCGAAAGGAGAAUAUUGCUGUAGCAACGUUGAAAGAGAAGUUACAGGAAGAGCGUAGAUCAAUGGAACGAAGUUUGAAAGAAAAAGAAAGCCGUCUUGAAGAACGAAAAUUAAAAUUGGAGAAUGAUCUUCAGGAGGAAAGAAAACGGUUAGUCAGAGAAAAAGCAGCAUUGGACAAUCGCUUAAAAGAUGCACAAGGAAAAGCUCAGCAGAGCAAACAGGAGAGACAGGAACUACAAAACCUGAGAGAACAAUUGGAGGAAUUGAAAGAAGAGAUGAACCAAAAAGAAAGCAGAUGGAAUGCUGCUCAGGCCAGGCAUAGGAGUCAAGUCCGGAUUUUACAAACUGAGAAUUCCAAGCUCAAACAGGACAUUCAAAACUUGCAAAAUAUUAGGAAAACUAACACCAAAAUGAGACUCAGCACGAAAAAAAACGCGUAUUCCAAUACAAAGGCUAUUCAUCAAAUAAACAAAAAAUUGGACUCACAGAAGGGAAUACCGCCCAAAGAAAAUACAUCUUCUGAUGAUGAAUUUCCAACACAACCAAUGAUGGAGGCAAUGCAGUGGAACGGACGCUCCACUGAUCACAAUAAUUAUGACCGAAUAAAUUCUGAUGGUAGUAAAGUAAUAGUUUACAAUAAAGGUCAGAUGGAUCUGAAAAACUGCCACAGUCCUGCAAGAAUGCGGGACUUGUAUGAAAACCUGUUAAAAGAUGCAACUGUAGGUCUGAAGGAGAGUGGUGAAGCAGCUAAAGAAGCAGUCCAGAGUAUGGGAAGCACAAACAGCUCAUCUAGACUUAAUGAACAGUCCGAAAACUGCUUGAGGAAAGCACAGAGCAUUCAAGAUCUUGUUAAUACUGGGUCAACUGGAGUUGAACCGAAUACCGAUCAAAUAAGCUAUGAUAGCCAGGUUGUUGCAGGAAUGAGCAAGAAUGCAUCCUUAGACAGUCAUUACCCUCCUCUGGAAUCCUCAAGGAACUAUCAGCAAACAAAUGUUUUUGAAGACUAUGAGGCAUCCAAUGUAAAAAAUGAUGGUAAAAUGGAUAAGCAGGGCAUAAGAGAAUUACAGCAUUCCGAUGGACGAAGAGAACUCUGGUAUCCUAAUGGUAAUAUCAAAAAAAUUUCCGCCAAUGGCCUGACUACUAAAUUGAUUUACUACAACGGCGACGUUUGCGAAAAUAGAGAGGACGGCAGUGUAAAAUAUUUCUAUGCCACAACAAGAACCUGGCACACCACGAUGUCGGAUGGACUAGAAAUUUUGGAAUUUCCUGAUGGCCAAAUAGAAAGGAGAUCAAAGGAUGGAACGGUAGAAGUAUCAUUCCCAGAUGGAUCAGUCAGAAUAUUGCAGUCAAACGGAACGGAAAAGUGGGCUUUACCGGAUGGAACUUUCGCAGAGACCUCAGCAGAGGGUGAAAAAAUACUGACCCUACCUAACGGACAGCGAGAAGUUCACACCAAGGAACAUAAGAGACGAGAAUAUCCAGAUGGGACGGUAAAACUAGUCUACCCAGAUGGUACUCAGGAGACACGUUAUGCCAGUGGUAGAGUUCGAUUGAAAGACGGAGAUGGCAAUCUUAUCAUGGACUCAUAUCACCAAUGAGACAGAAGUUUUAUCAUAUUAUGAAUACUUAUGAUAGUUUGUAUACUCAUAGAUUGAUACAUUUAUAAAAAUUUACUGUACACAUGUACAAAUUUUUAAAAUGCCAGUACUUAUCAUAUGUUGCAUGGUAUGUUUUUUUACUUUUUCCUCGUUGAUUGAAAAAUAGAAUGUAAGUGUUGUGAAGACUGAAAAUCAAUUUUUUCAUUAUAAUAAAACGAAAUUAUUUGCUCUUCGUACUAUAU